AUGUCAAUCGUAAGGACAUGUCCGGGCCUUUACUGCGGCCGUACAGAAUUCGAGGAUGGCUCUUGGAGUGAAUGUGGUGCAUGCCCUAGGGGUUUUCGCACUAAUGAGACAAGCUACUGUGUGGAGUGCACUGAUGAACCAACAUUAUAUGACUGGCAAUACCUGGGCUUCAUGGUUCUUUUGCCUUUAGUCUUACAUUGGUUUUUUAUCGAUAUGGUUGCAAGCAGUGAUCGCAAAAGCUCAAUGGCAGCACAGCAUAUAUGUGCAUUUAUCGAAAUUCUCUCAGGGACACUUGCAGCACUCCUAGUUUUGCCACCUACUGGCUCUAUAAUCCUUCAUGUUUGUACACCAAAAGCCUUAUCGGACUGGUAUACUUUAUUGCAUAAUCCGCAACCAGAUUAUAAGGAGACUCUUCAUUGCACACAGGAGGCUGUUUAUCCCUUAUACACACUAGUGCUCCUGAUUUACGCAUUUAGUCUUCUGAUGACGGUAACAAUACGUCCAUUCCUACUGGCCUGGCAGAACACAAACUCAGGGAAAAAGGCAAUAUAUUGUGCACUAUACUUUUACCCGAUACUCGUACUUAUGCAUACAGUUGCGGCCGGCUUGAUUUAUUGUGCCUUCCCAUACAUAGUUAUUAUCAUAUCAAUGAUAACUUCAGCGUCACACUUCUCUAUCAAAUUCGAUCAAUCGGCUCCAGCUUUAUUGAUGUCAUCGGUGACAAAUGUCAGAAAUCUAAUUAUAUUGCUUGGACAUUGGUUGAUUCAUGCCUAUGGGAUCAUAUCACUAACUGGCUUCAAAGAACUAUGGUAUUUAACACUUGUACCGACCCCAGCUUUGUUUUAUAUUCUGACUGCACAGUUUACCGAUCCGAUGAAGAUUCAUAAUGAUUGA